UAGGAGUGAUCGGUCGAUCGAACACCAUGCUCUCGAACGUUAAUACUGCGCUGUCGGGUUUUGUUCGCGCCAACAAUGGCCUACGGUUUAUUCAGGAUCGCAACUGCGUCUUACGUCGGGAGGAACAGUUAUCCAAAGCCAAAGUAAAGUUAAUCUCCGGUGGAGGAAGUGGCCAUGAACCGGCCCACAAUGGCUACGUCGGUAAGGGCAUGCUGGACGGUGCCGUUUGCGGUGAUGUGUUCUGUUCCCCAUCGGCUACGUCGAUCUUCGAUUGUCUUCGAAUGGUGGCCAAGCCAGACGAGAGUGUUUUGUUCGUCGUCAACAACUACACCGGCGAUCGAUUGAAUUUCGGGCUGGCAGUUGAACGGGCUCGGUUACAGUACGGGUACGAGAAUUUGCAGAUCCUGCUGAAUGAUGAUGACUGCUCUAUCAUGGAAUCGAUGACGAAAAAGUCGGUCGGGAAGCGAGGAUUGGCUGGAUGUGUUUUGCUGAUAAAAAUAUUGGGAGCGAUGGCUGAGCUUGGUCAUUCGAUGGAUGAGCUAAUUCGGUUCGGCGAGGGAUUACUGCGGGAAGGCUACAUAGCAACGUUUGGCUUCACUUUUGAUGUGAUUGAUGGCAAAUUGCAUAACGUCGAGCUGGGGAAGGGACUCCACGGUGAACCAGGCGUGUACAAAAUGGAUGUGUGCAAUGGCUUUGAAUCGAUCCUACACUUUGCGCUGGAUAGAAUAGCUGGAAAAAUUGCGCCCUACACUGACACUGAUGUAGUAGUGUUUGUCAACAAUCUCGGAGGAACAUCUGAAUUCAUCAUGGGUGUUUUCAUGAGUACAUUAUUAAAAAUGUUGAUGAAUGAUUACAAUAUCAAACGCGUUUAUGUGGGAAAUUUUUUCACAUCUCUGAACCAGUCUGGAUUGUCGAUCACACUGCUCAACCUCAAAUACUCCGACAAAUUGUUGGAAUACUUGGACUACGAAGUACAAGUGGCGUCACCGUUGUUCGGAGGACUCCAAUCUUAUGAUCUAGCGCCAUCAGAGGUACUGAACUUCGAUGAUCGUCUAGAGUCUAAAGUCACAGGCAUAGCCCACGAAUACAAGUUAUGUUUCGCCGAAUCCAGCCAGCCCAUGAUCAGGAAAAUUUUGAAGAAUAUUGCCAAUUCACUGCUCUCCAGCCGGGAUUUGCUCAAUACCUACGAUAAAGAGUGUGGCGACGGUGACACAGGAAACACCAUCGCCAACGGAGCAGAGGCUCUACUUGCUAGUAUUGACUCGAAGCUGGAAUUGCUCCAUCCGGCCAAGUUGCUCCAGGAUAUCAGCAUGAUCAUGCAGCUUAGCAUUGGAGGUACCUCUGGAGCCAUCUACAGUUUAUUCUUCCAGGCUGCCUCGAAAGCGUUUGCAGAAGCGGACAAUGACCCGAAAGUUACCAUCAAACACUGGCUGUGGGCCCUAACCUAUGGAAACGAUGCCAUCGUACAGUACGCCUUAACCGAGGUUGGUGAUCGUACCAUGCUGGAUGCAUUGAGAAACGGGGAAUUCCAGCUGCGAGAUUCGCUUCUGCAAAAUCUUCCGACGUUGAUUAGUGUCGAAAAGUUUGCCAGAGCGUGUAGAAUGGAAGCCGCAGCAACCAGAAAAAUGGUACCGAAAUCGGGACGAGCUUCGUACUGUGCGACGGCAACGGGAAAAAGCGACUUCGAGUACCCGGAUCCGGGAGCGCAUGCCGUUGCUAUUUGGGCAUGGGCUCUGUACGAAGGUUUCAAGGAAAAUUGUACAGAAUGAAAAAAGAGUUGCAGAAGCG